GAUUUUUUCAAAUUCAACGGGAUUCAACAGAAGUUUAAUUCCCCCGUUCCCCGUUAAAAAGACACACAACAUCAGGAGGCUCCACCUGCGGAGUUUGACGAGGGUAGAACACAUGUUUUCGUUGAGGGUGGCCGAUGGGGAAAGGAUAGGCACAUUAGUCGGGUUGGCCUCGAUGUUCACUACUGCCAGGGCGUCACGUGCAACACGUGGUGCUUCUGCAGUGGUGCCUCCGACAACUCAUCAGAAGUCAUCUGGUUACACUUGGUUGCCACCGCCGCCGGCGAGAUCGACAGUCGACGCAACCACUAUCGUUCGGCAACAUGCUCAACGGUCCGAGCAUUUGCGCAAAGUGUCUGAUAUUCGUCAACCUGCUUCCCUUCCUGGAGAUGGUGACGGGGCACUUCCUGCGGGAGAGGGUGUUGAGGUCCCCAUUCAUGUUUCAGAUUCCUUACCCACCCCGUGUCCCGAGAGCGACACUGUUGCUGGUUGUAUUUCCGGAGCAUUAGAUCCUUUACACUGCUUGCGCGAUAUUCCUGUCGCCCAAAGUGCGCCACCCGUGAGUGCGGGUGAAUUGUUGGAUGUUGGGAUCCUUGGCAGUCGACCACAGACGGACGACUUCGUUCGCAAGGCCCGUCCGCGUUGGGACAAGGGUGACUUCUUGUACGAGAGCUCGUCUAGUGAUGGUGAUGAUUUUUUCUCGUUGAGCACGCAGAUUGCGAGAGAUGAUGACGUAGAGGGCGCACACUGUUCGCCACCCACACACGAUGACAGGGAUGGUGAUGGAGAGGGUGCACACCGGUCGUCGCACGGCGGUGGCAGCACUGCCAUUGACAUCGAAUCUCGGACACCAAUUGAUGGAGGUGAUUGCGAUGACAACGAUGACGUCGAUGCUCCACGACCUGGUCAUGGUGUUGUCUUGAAGCGCUUGAAACGUAGAGGGAAGGAGAGAGACAUCAUUGCUUCUCGCGUGCGUAGACGGGAUGGAGGGGAUUCCUCCAUCACCCAACAAUACGCUUUGGGUAGCGAGCAGGUCAUCGUUUCCGAAGACUCCAUGAGAGAUGCUACUAACGAGUAGUUGAUCGAUAUCGACGCUGCCGUUGCUUGUCCACAGGGUGAGGCCGUAAUUAUCCAGGCGACAGUGACGUCCACAAUCGA